GGUUGGUUGGUCAUAUCCUACGUUGAGGACUCAGCAAAUGACUUGAGACAUGUUUUACGAGAACUCCAAAUGGAAGAAUCAUAAAAGUUGUGGGACUACAUCUCUCCUCCCUAUGACCCCAAAGAAACCCCAGCAGUGGCUGCAAGUGGUCGGACAUGCAGGGAGCUUUCAUGUCGGGGAUUACGGCACCCUGCUGAAGAGGUUCUGUGAGGGGGAGCAACAGUGCUACCUCAGGCUGAUGGAGGACACUUUAAAGCCCUUUGUUCCAGCCUACCACGGGGUAGUGCAGCGGGACGAGCAGGAUUACAACAUGAUGGAUAACUUGCUGACCAAUUUCAACACACCUGCCGUCAUGGACUGCAAGAUGGGCAGCCGCACGUACCUGGAGAGGGAGCUGCUGUUGGCCAAAGAGCGGCCGCAGCCCCGCAACGACAUGUAUGAGAAGAUGGUGGCAGUGGACCCAGAGGCCCCUACGGUGCAGGAGCGAACCCAGCAGGCAGUGCUGAAAACCAGGUACAUGCAGUGGAGGGAGACGCUGAGCUCCACCACGUCUCUGGGUUUCCGUAUCGAAGGAUUCUGGAAGUCAAAUGAAGAAUGUCACACAAACUUCAAAAGGACCAAAAGCAGAGAUCAAGUGAUGGCAGCUUUCAACAACUUUGUUGAGUCAAAUACGCACAUUGUGUGGGGCUAUCUGAGACGAUUGAAAGAACUGCGGCAGGUCUUGGAAGAAUCCGUCUUCUUCAGAACACAUGAGGUCGUGGGCAGCUCCUUAUUGUUCCUUCAUGACUGGAAAGGCAGAACAGGAGUCUGGAUGAUUGACUUUGGAAAGACAGCGGCAUUACCGGCACACCUUUCCUUGGACCACCGCACUCCCUGGGUGGAGGGCAAUAGAGAAGAUGGCUACCUGUGGGGUCUAGACAACCUCAUUGAUAUACUGUCCAACAUGCUGCCACUGACCUGAAUACCCCUUUUAAAAUGUGGACAUUUACUCGUAAUCUUUCCUUUAAGACUCACAAUGGAAGUGAGUGACUGCCGAUGGACUUCUUGACUCUGAAAUGGCUUGUCAGAAUUAUGGAAUUAACUAUAUUGGAAAACGCAAUUUGAGGGGGAUUUAUUGCGAUACCAACACAUUUUGCAAAAUGUGCUCACAAAUAAAUUAUUUCCUGAAAAUUAGGCCCACGCCAUUGGUCAAAAGGUCAUUGGUGAUCCAUGGAAUCUCAACCUGAGCCUCUUAAAGUUUGACCACUGAUUGAAUAGACAUAAACUAGCCUGCAUUGAUCUGCCACUAACAAUGAUCUUACACAACAAGAGUCAAACAUAAUCUAACUGUCCAGCCUCAGCGCAGCUAACCCAAAUGUCUCGAGGUAGCCUGCUCAUUAUUUCAUGAAAAACAUGGCACAAGCAAUUAUAGGCCAAAGAAAUGGCUGCUCCUUCUGCCUGGAGAUUUAAAUGUCAAACUUUGUCAAGAAAAUGGUGCUAAAACGUUCAAAGUGGGCAUUAAUUCCUGGUUUUCAUUCAUUCAUUUGUUUGCAUAUUAUCAUCAUUUGUUUUAAACACUAGAUUGAUAAAUUAAACACUGUGCUUUGCAGCUUUAAUGGAUAUCAAAUCAAGGUAUGUGGCAGUUUAUGUUAAUAGUCCAGACCAAUGAUAAUUAGGGUGUUUCUUGUGGUCUAACAAUAUCAGACCUUUGCACAUCGGAAAGAUGGGGCUAUUAAUUCGAUUUUUAACAUUGCAUUUUAUAUUAUUUAUAGUAUUUACUAUUCAAGAAAUGUACCUAUUUCAUGGUCCCCUUAAGAUAAUUCCUCAUGACUUUUUUGACUUCCACACACAAUAAGGUUGACAUUUCAGUGAAACGUACUAGAUUGUCAUGACGUAGCGACAUCAACAACACACAAUUGUAGUUUGCCCAAUACUCAAUAUUUACAAAACUGACACCUCCGCUUUAGUGUUUACUGCAAUUUAGUACAAGCUAGCAUGGUAAUCUGGUAAAAUGUUAGCAUUAUGACAUUAGCAUUAAGCUCAAAGCACAUUGUUCCUACCUACAGCCUCAAAGAGCCGAUAGCAUGGAAAGAAGCACUAGUAGAUUAACAUUACAUUUUUGAUCAGCUAACUGAGUAAUAUCACACUAUUUAUACUUUAAUCUUUUAGAGACAAGUGACUUGUUGAUGCUAUCAUAACCUUUUAGCGACUUGUUGUCAGUAGUUGGUUGUCAUUGCCAGACAGAGUUUUUAAAUGGUAUAAAACUCCCCUUGUGUCCUUCCUGCAGCGCACACCUUGACGGUUUGAACUUGCACCUUUCUCUCUUCAGUGUAGGGGUGACAAAUGCAAACCUGCUGUUGUUAUCUUCUUUACAAGUAUAAAGUUUGAUGUUUGUACUGUUUUGUAUAAUCUAACAUCAAUAUCAAGCAGAUGGUGCAUUUCUUCAUACAUGACAGUUGAUCUGUCAAAACAAAACAAUACUGUUUGAUUAAUUGCAGAUUGAUGUGAAAUUAACCUUUGGCUAAAAAUAUUAAUCAAAACUGUAUUAAAAUAAACAAAUGAAGUCAAA